AUGUCUUUAUCGUACAGGUUUAGCAGGUGGUCAAGAAGGAGAGCAAGCACAAGUGCAACAGACAGUACCCAACAAGAACGCCAGGAUUUUCUGCCCCUUAUAAGGGUUGUUUCACCCUUCUUCGUCUCAACGCCUAGAAAAUCGUCCAGUCCAAAGCGGUCUUUCGGCGAUGCUCUCGGUGUACCCACACAGGACAAUCAUAAACGUGCCAAGUUUACUUUGGGAAGCGAGUCAGACGUUGAUUUACCUACCUCCACCCAAUCUUCUGAUCAUCCCCCCCCGGAGAUCACAAAGCUUAUCCGGCGCGACGCCGCUCAAGCAUCUCAGGGGUCGGGCACCGUCUCUCGGCGGAGAUGGACCCUUGCAAUGGCAAUGACAGACGAAGACAUUACCGACGAGGCGCUGGUGGAAGAGCUCGAAAAUAUGCGUACUUUUCAAACCUGGGGUGGGAGUUCUGAUGAUAUCGGCCAACUCUGGGAUAUAGGGGAAACAGGCGACAACAGCCCCGUUUACGACAGCGAAACAUCCAACCUGCCAUACACCCCUUCACUCCCUUCAUUUCCUCUCCAACACCGACUUUCCACCCCUGCACCGGCCGCCAAUGCCUCUUGGCAAACGGCUCGUCGGGCCUUGCUGACAUGCCGCGAAUUAGUCCGCACUGAACGACAUUACCUCCAUUCAUUGCGUACCCUCUUCGCCUCGGAGACAGAAACCCCUCCUCCCCCGCUGAUGCUACGGUAUUUAGCUGGUCUCGUCACAGUGAGUGAAGGACUUUUGGAAAGAAUGCAGGAGAACCCAAGCCCUUGGGGCGUGGCUGCCGCGUUUCUAGGCACGGAGGAGAAUUUGGAAAUGGCAUUUUCCGAAUGGUGUGGGGUCGUCGGAGAGUGGUUCGAUGCCGAGUGCACUCCUUCGAGAAAACUGAGCAAACAACGCGUUAUGGAUAGAGAGUCCAGUCCAUUAAAACGCUCCGCAAGCACCUGGAGAAAGUCCAUGACCACAAUCACCAACAUGGACAUGUCGAUGUCUUACCCCCCUCCAUCUUUUAAUGGCAGCUUUUUGAGCCGAAAAAAGACCAUUGUAGCAGCACGGAAACCAGCCAUACGAGAUCUCGCCAUCCUUCCAACACAGCGAGUUAUGAGAUAUGUCUUGCUCUACAGAGAUCUCCUGGCACAUACACCGUCAACGUCACCAUCGCGAGCUCUCGUCGAACGCGCUGCGGAAGCAGCUCGUCGCAUCGCUCACAAGUGUGAUCGUGCGCAGGGUAAUUCCGCCUUUUUCAUCGGAACCAGACCACCAACCACGGCUAAAAAAUCGUCGUCUCCCCCUGUUCUCGAGUCGUCUGCUUUAUCAACAAACAGUUCAUGGCGACUGCUGUCCGCCAUAUCCCUAUCUUCCUAG